AGUUUUCCAGUAGGAUUCUGAGCAAGAUUAGCCGAACUCGUCUCUCCGGUGCACAAUUAUAACGAUACAAAGUGAAUGUAGCAAAAAGUGGUCUAGAAAUGGCUGAGCUUAAAAAGGGACAUAUCGAAAGCGAAAUCUGAAAGUGGAAAUGCAGUGAUAUUGAUGUCUCUAAUAUAGUGUAGUGUAUUUGUUCGACAAUGACGGAAUUCUUUGGUUCUUGGAGCGACCAGCACGACGGCGAUGUCGAGUCGGUGGAGACUGUGGAAACCAUCACCACAACGAGAACCACACGAACGAGUAUGCCUUCAAAGUCGUCAACUACGAAGACGACGACAAUGACGACUCCAGCCAAACUGUAUGGAAGAGAGUUGUCGACGUACGACGACAUCGACGUCGACGAACUACUGGCUAAGUUGUCUCAAGAAGAACUCACAAUGCUUGCCAAAGAAGUUGAUCCUGACGACAACUUUCUCCCACCCUCACAAAGAACAAACUAUGCAUGUGAAAAGGAUCCCACAGGCCCACUGAACCGGAAGAAAUUGAUUGAACACAUUAACAAGCAGGCACUCGAGACACCUGAUCGGCCUGAAGUUAAGCCAUAUGUUGCUGGUGUAAUAAGAGGGAAAAAGUGGAUCCCGCCGCCAGCACCAGAGAAAAUGCGUGAGGCUGAAGAACAGAUAACAAUAGAUUUAGGUGAUGAAUAUGAGCAGGCCCUCGGCACAGCGUCCCAGGAGGAAAUAAUAGACCUGGCUGCUAUCCUUGGUUUCCAUUCAAUGAUGAACCAGGACCAAUACCACGCGUCUCUACUCAACAAGGGCCAGCCGGUGGGUCUCGGAUGGGAUGGCAUCACAAAAGCUACCAAACCUAAAGUAUAUCCUAUGGACCCACCAAAUGACACGGAUCCCGAUGAAACAAUUAAGAGGGUGCACGAGAAUGACCAGAAUCUAACAGAUCUCAACUGGAAUAAUAUUAAGAACAUAAGCGACGAGAAAUUCGAGAAGCUAUUCGAAGCGUUGAAGACCAACACACACUUGGAGGUGCUGUCUCUUGUAAAUGUGGGACUGAACGAUCGCACGGCUCAAAUCCUGGCAGACGCGCUCCAAGAGAACUCCACACUACGGGUCGUCAACGUGGAGACCAACUUCAUCAGCCCCCCUGGGGUUGUGCAGCUCGUCAAAGCGCUGCUUACUACCACCAGCGUCGAGGAGUUCAGAGCUUCCAACCAGCGGUCGCAAGUGCUGGGCAACAAGAUAGAGAUGGAGAUAACGAAGCUGGUGGAGGAGAACCCGAGUCUCCUGCGGCUGGGACUUCACCUGGAGUACAGCGACGCGCGCCACCGUGUCGCCAGCCAUCUGCAGCGGAACAUCGACAGAAUAAGAAAAGACCUAACGCUGCGACUCCAGUAUAGGUUCUUUAACAACCUGCAAAAGGGGGCGCGUAUCAAAUAGUUGUGUAAGUACGCCAGCAGCGUCGGAGCCAGAAUAGCGCUUAGAGGCUGACCAAUCGUGCUGUGUGCUGGAAGGCUGCGCCGCUUGUCUCGUUUCACACGCAGCCGUAGCUACGUCGUGGGAUGGUUCCCGUAGACACACACACACACAGACAUACAGCCACCAGUCCUGCGCUCGCUGCCGCCGCGCUGUCCAAACACUUUGUAACUGUGUAGUUGAUAACAAUGACUGAAUGUGAUAAGUACUGCCCGUUUUCAGCGAUUCAUUUUUAUUUUUUAAUCGUUGUUUAGUAAACCAAGGUUAAAACAGGAAAUUAUAGCAACAAGUGCUUGGGUGAGUUCUGUAAGUACAUUAUAACAAUUAUCAUUUGAUUGGGCAUUUCAUAGAUCCGCGUUUCUUAUAGCCUAAACACAUAGCGGGUCCGGUGGGCGCCUGGCAUCAAUCGGUCCGGACGCGUCCUAUGGUUCGGCCGCACCAAAUCCGAUCAUGUGUACAGGCUAUUAGCAAACAAAAAAACAUGUAGCGACGUAGCCACUCAGAGUCACAGCUAUGGCUUAUUUGUUCGCCUAGAGUGCAUAAAGCUACAUAUAAUCUAGAAAGUAAUAAGUUAAAUGUUAAUCAAUGCAACAGUAAAUAUUUAUAAUAUCAAAUGUUUGUAAAUAACUUCCGUUAGUUGCCCAUAUGACGUUGGCGUUUUUUCAGUCCCUGUGUAAUAUUUUAACAGAAUUAGGCUGGGUGGCAUCAUAUUACCUGUUAUAGUUAAGGCUUAAGUCAAAUUUAACGUUAACAGUAACGCUGACUUUAACAUAGACUGCGGAAUGUGUUGCAUCAUCCUAUGCCUUUGUAUAGUUAAAAUUAAAAAGUGAAAUGACAAGUCAAUAUCGAAUAUUUAUUUGCAACUUUUGACAGGUCGCUAUUUAGUUAUUUAACAUUAACAAUAGCAUUAACCGGAGAAGAUUGGACGGUUACGGUUAACAGUUAUGACGUCACCUAAAAAUUGUCAAAUGGUGCAACUAAAGAUUUGCUUAACCAGUACUUUAACAUGUUUUUUAUUGCUAAAGUUAGGUAGUGCUGCAACCCAGCCUAUAUUUCAUGUGUAAUGUUUUGAAGCAUCUUUCUAAAUUGAAAUAGAAAUUCGUCGAUUGUUGAUAAUUUCGUGAUAUACGUUUCUGAGUGUGGCAACCACUAAGGUUGGUAAUUGUAUAACUUUUUGUGGACUAUAAAAUGUAUGUCGACCAAAAACCAACUUAUAUCAGGUGUUUAAAUGAAAUAAAUAUUUUAUAUAAUUUAUGUUUUUGGAUUUAUUUUACAUUAACAAUUUGAUUUUAAAAUAUAAGUUUAAUUUUUGACUACACAUGAACAAAGAUUGUUUGACACUGAAAUGUUUGCUUGAACAGGAUAUUUGUGUGCAAACAAAAAUUGUGAUUUAAAAAAGUACUAAUUGAUGGCCGGUCCAUCGCUAGUUUAUGAUCUAUGGUAACGAAAAGUCACAAUUUUUGUCUAUGAACGAAUGGUGCAUGUUUAUUAAUAUUUUACUAUUAGUGUGUUAGAAGUCGUAUUAAUAUUAUCAUAUAAAUUUGUAAUGUAAAUGUUAGUUUGGUAAUAUUUGACGAUAUUAAACAUUUAAUGAUGACGAUGUUAAAAAUCAUUUAUUUCUAAUCUUUGACACAAUGUCGUCUUGGAAUGAACACAGUACAAACCUAUUAGAAUUCAAACGGAUUUUAAAAUACAAUACAAUUGCAAUACGUUUUAACUUCAGAAUGAUUUAGAAUAAUAGUAAUAUUUACAAUAGACCAGGCUGUAUGGCGCUGUGCCUUUGCCUUCCACGAAACAGAUCUAAGAAAAAUAUGUGUCACGGCGGUUUAACUCUUUGGUACAAAUUCUAUUUUUGUGUAAAAAUAUGGUAAAUAAUGUUUACUUUGUUGUUACGAAUCAAUUUCGACUGAUUCGCCUGUUUUAAAAAACACUAUGUUUAGUUUAUUGACGAAAAAUAAUUUUAAUUCUUACAAAAAAAUCACUAGAUUUUAUAAUCGCUUAUUACCGUGUCUAGAAUUUUGUACAGAUGUAUUUUUGAUAAGCUUUGAACGUUAUCGGCUUCUUAAUAACCUCUCCUGCUUUCAAUGCGAGUUCGCUAAUAACUUGUAUAUUUAGUGAAUCUACAUCGUGCCCCGUCGUUAUGAUGUGUCAAUGAUUUUCAUUUAAUGUUGCUUUUUUUCUAUUCUUUCAAUGUAUACUUCGAAUGUACGUUGCGACUACAAUUUAAAGGUACUUAUUCACGCUCUGUCCUGCGUUUACUUUAAUUAUAGCGACGAUUUCACAGUUAUUAUAAAAUUUUAUUGAUGAAUAAUCAAGACGGGGGAUAUGUUUGCGUCGUAUAACCAUUGGUUGAUAUAUUUGUUGCCAACAUAUUUCGUUAUAAUAUUGCAUAUGAAUAGUUCGCCAAACGUACUAGAGACCUUUGAACACAAAAUUUAUUUAUUAACGGUUUUAUUUUUAUGGCUUAGCGACAGCCAAACAAGUUGUGUGAUGUGAGAUAUGUCCUAUAUAUCACCUUAAUUUUGAAAGAAUUAGGAUAACACAAUUUGGGUCUUUGCGACAUUAACAACGCGUUCGGACGGUUCGUGAGUAAGGCACUUAAUUAUUAAUGUAAUCGCAACAUAAAGUAUGUUAAAAAUGAAUUUUCAUAUAUUUUUCAUUGUUGUGUACAGCGGCGUAUUUUAUGGUUAAAUGAAUUAGUUUUUACGUAAUAGAAUUAUGAUUUUAUCUUUUAACAAAAAUUAUGAUUAAAUGUAUUAUUUAUAAUUAACAUUAUUCGGGAGCAUUUUAGUCCAACGAACACUUGUAUAUGUAGAGUCUGCAGUUAUGUAGUUUGUGACAAAUAAAGUACAUAAACAUUCA